CAAGACGAAGGAUGGAUUCUCGACUUCACCCGCAUAAAUAGUCCGGCGAGAGCAUACGGAAAACCUGUGUCCUAGUCUAGAACCCAUAGCCUACACCAGUCUUUGCAUGGUCUGCGUCAGCGCGUUUCGAGUCAUAUUGCCUGUUUCUUUUUUAAUGAAAUUGACGCCAAAAAGUUUCUCUCUCUACAAAGGCGGAUGGGUGACUGCCAUUCUCUGCGGCUCCAUGUGAGGAAAGGAUGAAGAAUCACAGCAACAGCUCCCGUCUAAAUAAUCUAACGCCAAAUCACACCAAAGAGCGAAACUGCAAGAAGACGGACGGAAUCUCGGUAGCCUGGCCACGGUUCUCCCUACGUGAUUAUGCUUUCUGCAUGGCAACGCUGUGUCUCUUCUGCCUCGGCUCUCUCUUCUACCAGCUGAACGGCGGGCCUCCGAAAGUUCUUCUGGACAUCAGACAGUAUCUAGGGCAGUCCACGUUCUCUGACUACGACGGACCUCAGGCUCCCAGGGUGCUGCCGUUCCCCAGUCAGGUGGUGUAUAACCGGGUGGGGAAGUGUGGCAGUCGCACGGUGGUGCUGCUCUUGCGGAGCCUGGCAGAGAGACACCGCUUCACCCUGGUCUCCUCCGACAUCCACAACAAGACCAGACUCACCAAGAAUGAGCAGGUGGAUUUGAUGAAGAACAUCACCAGUAUCCCACAGCCUUAUCUCUACACCAGGCAUGUGCACUUCCUCAACUUCACAAGGUUUAGGAUAGAGCAGCCUGUGUACAUCAACAUCAUCAGGGAUCCCAUCAGCAGGUUUCUUUCCAACUAUUUCUUUCGCCGCUUCGGUGACUGGCGAGGAGAGCAGAAUCACCUCAUACGCACGCCAGGAAUGAAGGACGACGAGAGAUACCUGGACAUUAAUGUGUGUAUCCUGGAGAAUUACCCAGAAUGCUCUAAUCCACGCCUCUUCUACAUUGUGCCCUAUUUCUGUGGCCAGCAUCCCCAGUGCAGGGAGCCCGGUGUAUGGGCGCUGGAGAGGGCCAAACAGAACGUGCUGGAGAACUUCCUCCUUGUGGGCAUUCUGGAGGAGCUGGAGGACGUGCUGCUCCUGCUGGAGCGGCUGCUACCGCACUACUUCAGCGAUGUACUCAGCAUCUACAAGAGCCCAGCCUUCUGGAAGAUGGGGAACCUGACGGGCACAGUUCGGAAGCACACGCCGACCCCAGCGGCCCUGCAGGUGCUCUAUCGGCGCAUGCGCUACGAGUACGACUUCUACAACUUCAUCCGCGACCAGUUCCACCUGCUGAAGAAGAAGAUCGGCCUGCGCUCCUCGUCCCCCACUUCUUCCUCCUCCUCCUCCUCCUCCUCCUCCUCCUCCUCCUCUUCCUCGCUGCCCAGCCUCCUCCGAGAGCUGGCUCUCUCCACACAGCAGCCUCUGCUGGACGACAGUCUUCUGGACGAUGAUAACAGCUGGUUGGACCAGCCCUGAGCGUUGCCAUGGAGAACCAGUUGAUGGGGUGGGGGCUGACCACGUUUGAGUGGGAGAAAGGGGGGGUGGUCUGUGACUUACUCGGCCAGUGUGGAAGGAUUGCUGUACAGGAGGUGAGAGAACAUUCCCAGGGUGCAUUUGGGGGUGUGUGUGCGUGAAUCUUGAUUGCCCGACUUUUUAACGGGUAGCCAUUUUUUUUGUUUUUGAGAGAGAGAGAGAGGAAAACAAGUCAGAGACACUCUAUGUAACCUUCUGUACUGCACAAGAGAGAGCUCUGUGAAAGAGGAUCGCUAUAUUUAAAUGGAAAUGGAAACAGAAACAAUACAAAGGAGAAUAAUUUUAAUCUAUAUUGAUAUAUUGUUUAUUUCUUUAUUUGUUCAUUGGUUAUUUCCUGUCCCAAAAUCUGGGGAAAAAAAUAGUUUUUUUGUCAGUUUUGUUUUAACUCUUUAGUUUGUUUUUAUUUUGUUUGUUUUUUGUUUUGUUUUGUUUGGUACAGUAUUGUGUCCUCCUGUUAAGAAAUCUGACAAACUUGUCCCUAGUUAAUAUUGCGAGUUCAGAAAGCUACUCAGCCUGGCAUCAAGUACGGCCGAGGAGCAUCGCACUUACACGAGACAAUACAUGUGUCAAUCCCACGAACAGCCCCAACUCCAAACACACAUAUCUAUCUUCAUUAAAGCCCAAUCGUUUCCUAAAAUUCUCUUUUAAUGUUUGAAUGUCUUUGACAGCCACUAGUGGUCUCAGGGCCACCCCAAGUGCCACAUCCUAUCGAUGAAGAAGGUGGAAGUGGUUUGAUGUAGCUAGAGCUACAGUGUACGACUGCAGGAGUCUGUAGAUGUCCAUGUGUGUGUACUCAUUGAGCAAAUUUGUUGAAAGAAACUUGCAGUAGACUUAGUUAAUCAGUAACCUACAGCUCUGGAAAGCAAAAGAGACCACUGCAUGUUUUGCUGACGGUUCUUUGGCAGCGUCGUUUAGUUAUUGAAUUUGAUGCCAACAUGUAGAGUCUAGCCCAGUGAAAUGAGUGAUGAACGUUGAAGUCAAACACACAAGUGCCUGUUUCAUCCUGCGAAGACAUUCAUUUCUAAGAACUCUGUGAUUACAGCUUACAGUAGAUAUACUGCUGCCCACUCAAACCAGUGACCGAUACAGAACAACUAACACACAGUCUAGACAAACUCUCCAGUAAUGGCUAAACACAGGACCAAAGAGGCAGAUGACAGACUGAGUAGCCUACUCCCCUCAACCGGCAGUUUACAAACAGCCCACACAAGGCUAUGAUUGUUUCCACAUGACAUGACCACAGAUCAUGUUAGGUCUAACACAGGAGUGCUUAAUUAAAUACUGCCCACGCACACAAUUUGGCCACUGGACUUCCCCUACAGUGGCACAGUAAAUGCCACUCGUGGCUUGCUCCCUUCUCCCUGAACAUGGUAAAUGUGGAUUUGUUUACGAACCGGAAAAGAUUAUCUCUGAGGAGCCAUGUCGACUGGCUAUAGGUAAUAUUGCAUGAUUUCAUACAAAUAGUAGGCCAUUGCAGGACUGCAGUAGCCUAAAAUGUUUUUCUCUAGGGUAGGGGGAGAGCAAGUUGCCAGGCCAGUUCUCUGUAGACAGGUAUGGUACAAUUGGGUGCAUAAUUCUCCUAGUUACAACUUAUCAAAAUGACUUCGAAGCUGUUUUAAGGUAAAACAUGGAAAACAAACUUGAAUAGGAUGCCUUUAACAUAGGUCAGAGACCCCCCAAAUCAAACGCAGAUUUGUUCGACCCAACUGUAAUAUACUGGGCUGCUUUAAGAUGAAGCCUCUGCUACAGGUGUUUAGUUAGAGGGUGAUGGGAAUGCUCGACUUCUGCACGGUGGCAUCCAGGCAAAUCCCCCUUUUUGUGGAUGUUGAAAAAAAAUGAGGGGGCUAUACAUAGGAUUUGAGAUAUCUUAGCAUAAUGUCUGCAAAGGAACUUUUCCAUUGACCUGUAUACAUUUGCUAUAGCGCCUCCUAAGGUACAAAGUGGUAUUACAAGAGUACGUGGUCUGAAACUAGCUGGUUAGCAUGCUAACUGUACUGGAUAACUGGGCAGCACAGAGCAUCUGUACAGUAGGUAUUUUUGACAUUACAUCAAAAUUGUUGUUUAUUUUCAUUCUGUGGCUUUUUCUAAGAUUUUUAGCAGUGUCAUUUCAGAAUGUCUUGACAAGUAGCCUAGAAAUCUAGAUGCACCCAGGGUAGUCUAGCAACUCAAUGUUAGCUUGCGAGAUGGAAAAAUUAAACUUCUAUCAGGCCAAUCGCAUCGGGUAUAGAGUCGGUGGGUGGGCUUAACUUAACAACGACUCACUUACGACCAUAAGUUGCAACCAUAGACAGUAAAAGAUAUGGACAGAGCUAUCACGUAGACGGCAGCAGAGACCGAGGAAGCAAAUUUCAACGGUUUUUUUAGGUCUUCUUAUUCCGUCACAGGUCUCCUGCGCAGGCUCAGAUGUCGUACAUGUGACGUAGGCACGUAGUCUGACCGAGUCUGACCUAUGGCGACGCUUUACUCUCGCUGGACGCAUGCGCCUUUAACACUUUAGCAUUGACUUUCGAAAAACGUUAAUUACUCAGCCGAUAAGACAGUUACGAGAUUAUUAUGUCAAUUUCACAAUGUAGUAUGUACCCCGACAAUAGAAAAUGUUCAUUUAAAGGCUUAAAACGCUUCAGCUCUGACGUAAUUUGAUGUCAAAGUGGCGCUUACGCCCCAUAGGAUUCAAUGGAAUGGCCAGCUAGCCACGGUCUUCUCGUUAGCAUGGCGGCCGCCAUACUGUCUACACUCUCAGAACGUUCGCUGCCCCCUUGGUUGCAACCGUUAAGCGUGAAUUCCCCAUCCUGCUUGAAAACUAGAAGAUGAUUGGUUGUUGUGCUAUCGUAUUGCAUGGAGAGGGAAUUUGAAAGACAACAGUUUAUCCCACCCCUCCGAUUGAGCCCUGCCUAUGGUGAGUUCCCAGACCCUACAGUACAUCUUGAUGUUAGCCUGACAAGACCCACAUCUAGGGGUGUCUAUAUUUCUAGGCUAUCUUGAUGUGGGUCUGGCUUGUCAGGCUACAUGACGAGAUGAUUUUUUAUAGAUUUGUGAAAAGCUGGAGUUUGAAGCAUGGAAUACUUGUGGAUUUAUAAUUCUAUAUCUUUGCUACACUUUAAAACGUGGCCAGCUUAUUUUAAGGUGGGGUGAACACCAAUUACAAAGCACUCUUCAGACAUUUUAAACACAGUCUGUUGUGAAUUUCAGUUUAUGCCUAUCAUUCUGUGUGAUGUUCUGCUACCUUGUUCAUUCACAAUCAGAUCACUGCAGCAACUUCUGUUCAUUAUUUGACAAUUUGUUAAUCUGGUAAUAUGUAUAUUUGGUUGAAAGUUUUAUUUUGGCUGGCAUAAUUAAGGUGGACUUGGACUAACAGUAUGGAGAGAUUGAACGUUUGCAUUGCUGAGAAAAAUACAACAAAACACACAUUAUCAUACAGUAUAUAGAUAUAUGGAUAUGACUAUAAACAUACACGUCGUCAUGCAUAAUCAAAUACAUCAGAUGCAGUGUCACAUGAUGUAGAGGAAAGAUGUAUGUAGUUCUUCUGUGUACAGUAUGGAUGUCUCUUUUAUUUCUCUUUUGUAUUUUCUGGAAAAAAUUAAAGGAUUUUUUUUAUUUAUUGCUAGUAUUCAUUCCAGAUAAAAACUCUCAGGAAAGAAUUUCUUUGAAUUUGUUUUUGUUUUGAGUUGAUAAUGUCAAAGUUCUUUGUUUUGUUUUCAUUUUUAUUAAGAAUAUUUUUGUUUGUUUGUUUGUCAAACUCCUUUCCAGUGCUCCUAACAUAGAUUGUGAAAAGAGAAUGUGCCCCAGAGUAUCCUCAAAUGGCCACCUACUUCAGUCAAAUUUGAUUUCAGUGAAGAGAAUCUAUCAAUUUUUAUUCGACAGCUUUUGAAAUAAAUGUCAUUUAACAACAUCA